GCACCGACGCGCAGCAUCGCUGAGAGGAUGGAUCCCUCAGGCAAAGUGGCGCUCAUCACGGGAGCUGCCGGCGGGCUGGGAAGGGCCUUCUCAAGGGCGCUGCUCGCCGCAGGAGCCAAGGUGGUGCUGUCAGAUGUUGAUGAGGCGGCUGGCAAAAAGGCAGUGGACGAGCUGGAAAAAGAGUUUGGGAAGGGGAACGCCAUCUUUGUCAAAGCCGAUGUCACCAACUCUGCUUCCCUGGAAGAGGUGUUUAAGGCAGCCAAGUCGACAUUCAAGCGCCUUGACAUUGUCGUCAGCAAUGCAGGGAUCAUGCGAGACUCCUUGUGGGAAAAGCAAAUCGACAUCAACAUCAAGGGUGUUGUGCACACGAUGUUGCUGGCUUACAAGCACAUGGGCAAGCACGAAGGUGGAAACGGUGGUGUCGUGGUCAACCUGUCCUCUGUAGCAGGCCUGGAGCCAGUAUCUGUGCUGCCCAUCUAUGCAGGCACAAAGCAUGCAGUGGCUGCUAUGACCCGUUCCUAUGGGGAUAAACUGCACCUGGACAAGACUGGAGUGUCUGUAAUGGCACUGUGCCCCGGGGCCUCUGACACUCCUCUGGUGCACGAUGCCCAUCAGUUUGUGCUUCAUGACUACCUCAAGGAACCCCUUGUCCACGCUCUCAACAUGUUCCCCAUCAACAAGACAGAGUUCAUCGCUGAGGGAUUAAUUCGAGUCAUUCGUGAAGGUGAAUCUGGAUCUGUGUGGGUAGCAAACCUUGAAAGGAUCAGACCAGUGAUCUACCCAAGACUGUUGCAGCCUUCUACAUAAGAAUGUCUGAAAACAAGAAUUAUGUAAUACGUAUUCUAUGGAAACAAAAAACAUUGCUGUAAACUUCAUGUUUACUUCAUUAUGCUGUAACUGAGUACAAAAAUUCCACACUUAGAAGGAAACAGGCUACUCAAAUAAAUAUUAUAUCACACACAAAUAACACACAAAUGCCUAGGACUACAGAAUUAUGGAUAUGUAGAGACAAUUCUAAAUUUGGGCCAGAGCGGGGCUCAAAACCAGAUUUCCUGCUCGCCCCAAGCAUUAACCUUAACCACAAAGGUUGCACAGCACAACUCUAGGCCUCAUUGAAACUUUCAUUUUCACUGGUUCUACCUAUGAUUUCUGAACACUAGUGCUCAAGAUCCUCUCCAUCAUUCUUAAAAUUCCUAUUUUGCAUCUGAAAAAGCUUCAUACACAGCACUGUAUUACUGCACAAUAUUUAUUAACGUGGAGUAAAAGAUAGAAAAAUAAAGUUUGUAUGUUUGUGACAGGUAGUUCUGAGAGCUGUCAUUAAAUAACGUGACACACUUUGCUUCUUUGAGACAUUUUCACUGUAUGUGUCCCCCUCAUAAAAUCAUCAAAGUUUUGUGUGUUUAGUGAUAUUAAGCUUGAUGGAAUGUUUGAAACUUAAUUGGGAGGACAGGAAGAAGAGGGCUAGCCACUAGCACAACAGUUGCUAAGAUGGACUGGAGUUGGAUUCACUAUGGGGGUCCUAUAUCCUCACACACUGUCUUUGAUAUAUGCUUUUAGCUAUUAAGAUUAUGCUUAUUCCUUCUUUCAGCUGUCUGUUAUUCUAUUACACUAGUGAUUGUUACCAUGUGAAAAUGUGACAAAUAUUAAUUGGCUGAUACAAGAAUAAAUCAAAUUCUUUAAGUUACUCAUUGACAACUACAGGCAGUAAGAAAGUAUUUUUUGAACUGACUAUAGAAGUGGUCAUUGUGUAAUAGUAAAAGUUUUUAAUGGGCUGUCAAUCAGAGAUAUUGUUGUCUGCAUAGGCAAAGUGAUAUUAUUAUGUUUGGAAUACUAUCUAGUUUGUUGUGAAAGCAAUUAAAUUAAGCAUUUGUAUCAAGUGUCCUUAGCAACUCAAAAUUAGAUUUGAAGUACAAAUUUUAAUCUAAUGGCAUACAACAUUAUGCAGUCUUGUGUCGACUUUCUUUAGUAUGUAUCACAGUGUAUUUGUUGUGGUACUAUGAAUACAAAUUUUAUUGCCUCGUUUUUGUUUUUGUCCAUUAGAACCCAUACCUUCCACAUUGUUCUCCAGUCCUGAAUGAACAUUAUGUCAUGAGCAUUUCACGCAGAGUAAUUUACGGGCAACGUUUGACUGAAUAGAACACAUUCUUUCCAUAGGCUUUAAUGACUGUAAUACAACUUCUGCUAUAAGGUAAAUACAAACCAUUCAUAAUUACACCCUAAAAAUGAAAAACUGCUUUAACAAAUGAGGUGUAAACUAUAAAUUCCUGUAAUUGUUCAUAUUAUAGAUAUGUUUGCAUAGCAGACUGCCACACAUUAGAACAAAGUGAAAUUAACUGCUCAUGGAGAUUAAUGAACCAUACUGUGAUGAGUGGUUGAGUAGGGAGAUUUUAGUCAUUUAGUUGUUUGGAAAUGCAGCUGUCUUACAUUGUUAGCCUCCAUCACCUUAGCUAAUGUUUUGUAGUAAAAAUUUGCUGUGUUAUUAAUUAUUACUGAAUUAAUAAAGCUUAAAGUAUU